CCAAGCUCCUCCCUUCCAGCCUCCUGGAAAGCGAUCCCCGACGGGGCAGCCACCGGAGCGGAGGAAGAGGGAGGCUUCGGGCGUUAGGUGCCAGGGAGAAGCCGUCGUUCUCCGCUCGGAUCCGAAGAUCCUGGUCUCCCGAACGGGCCCGAAAACUCAGGCGCGACUCAGCAUGGCUUUUGGAAAGAGUCAGAAGGAUGCCUUCGGCACCCCCGUGGGCCACCUGAUCGCGAAAGCUACUUUUGGAGCCUUGCAGACAGAAGAAUGGGGUCAGUUUAUGCAUAUUUGUGACCUUAUCAACACCACUGAGGAAGGACCCAAGGAGGCAGUGAGAGCACUUAGGAAAAGGCUUUCCAAAAACUGUAAUCAUGUGGAGAUUCAUCUUACCUUGUCCGUAAGUACAACACGUUUGGUCCUCAUAAAAUAUUUGCACAGCACAGGACAGAAUUUGUUGCGAGUUUCCCAAAUAAGUGUUUUGCUGGAAUAUUAGCACAGUUUUCUGAGGCAUCAAAAGUCAGUUUCAUGGAACAGAAAUUGCCACUUUUGAAUCAAAUUUACAAAAUAUCAUUUGGAUCCCCUUUAGUUUGAUAGGCAGAGAACUGCUCCUCCCAUUAAGAGUAGCAGAAUUGCUUUGUAUAUCUCACUUGCUUCUCAGACAAAUGGUAAGGGAAGGAAAACUAAAGCAGAACACACUCUUACAAGUUUUAGGUUCUGGCACUGUAGCCUGGAAAUUAAUUUAGAACCCCCAGUUCUAUUUACUUGUUAGUUUUACAGUCUGCUAGUUCUCCAAGAGCUCAAGACUGUUUCCGUUCCCUUCCUUUUUACCCUUGAAGAUGAAUAACUCAGCCUCAGAAUAACUGAGAAUUAUUUAUUCAGAGCUAACCAGGAAUAUUAUGUGCUUAGGGUGGACUAGUAGCCAUGCAACACUUAACCACUAUAAUAAUCUCCUCCUCCUCCUCACUUCUCUUGAAUAAAUCUGGAAGUACUAAGCAUCCAAAAAU